AUGGUCAAGUGUAACUUGUACUUCACCAGCUGCUGCUCCCUCCUCCUCCCGCUGCUGCUGCUGCAGCUGCUGACCCUCAACUGCCGCACCACUGCGGGACUUCCGGUCAACGCGGACAGGUGCGCGCACUGCAAUCGGCUCUUCAAGACGCUCCUGCUGAAUAUCACAGAGCUUCUGAAAAGUGAUGAUUUAUGCUUCGGCAUCCUGUCUGAUAAGGUGGUGUUGGGUAAACCUGAGACAUUAAUGUCCUGCACACCCACUCCGGCUCAGAACUCAAGCUGCAUGAUGCAAAGACAUUCAUCCUUCAGUGAGAGUGAAUGUUUGCGGAACAUCAUGAAGGACCUGGUUUACUACGAAGCUGCCAUUAAAUCUUACCUGAACUCCACGCUCAGAAGCCCUACAGAAGAAGUUGCUCUUCUGAGUCCAACUCUGGGAAUAAUAAAGAGCUUGAAGAGCUGCUCCCCGAUGCCAGCUGAAGAGAACAAACCUUCAGAGGAAGACGCAGCUCAGAUGUGGGGAGGGGACACCUUCAACAACAGACAGGAGAUGUGCAAGAUGAUGAGAGGCUUCUACGUGCGAACCAUCACCAUCAACCGAGCCAUGGGUUACAUCGCUUCGGGAGACCACAGGAAGUAAACAUCAUCGCCAUCACCACCGCCGCCGCCAUCUCUCCAAUCAAUACCACAUUGUCGUCUACACUCGUUUAAAUGAUCGCAACAUUCACUACCAUCACCUGUACCUGCAACUACUGACCACAUAGUUCUCUACACUGCACCUGUCUGCAUGAUUUACUGCUCAGGCAUAAGCUCGUCGUUCAGCCUCAAGUCAAAAUAUUGCUAAGGUUACAGCAGUGGAGGCCAUGUUGGCCCUUAUACACCUAUGAAUGUAUUCCAAUAUUUGGGGGAAUGUAUUUAUUUAUUUAAUAUCUAUUUAUUACAUUUAUUUA